AUGUUAUUAUUUCAAUGUUUAAAUAUGUUAUGCGGAAAACAGAAUAAACAAAAAAAUCAUCAUCAUCAUCAUCAUCACCAUCAACAACAACAACAACAACCAAUACAAUGUCAACAACUAAAUAAUAAUAAUAAUAAUAGUCGUAGUAUUAAACGUAAGCCUAUCAGUCAUAAUAUUAACAAAGUUACCAUCGAUAAUUUACCAAAAACAUCAAAAUAUAAUAAAAAAUUUAUAAAUUCAAAUUUUGAUCAAAUAUAUACAUCAUUAGCUGCCAAAAGUCGAACUACAAUCGAAUUAACAAAAAAAGAGGGUAGUCCGCUUGGCCUAACGAUAUCUGGUGGUGUCGAUAAAGAUGGUAAACCACGUGUAGCACAACUUAAACAAGGCAGUGUUGCUCAAAAGUGUGAUGUCCUUGAAAUUGGGGAUAUUAUCUUAAGUGUAAAUGGUAUUAAAACGGCUGGUUUAAAACAUGAUCAAGUUAUCGAAUUAAUUAAGCAAGUCGGCGAUCAAUUAACAUUAGAAAUUGAAUAUGAUCUACCAUCAUGGCCCAUUCAUGCUGUAAAUACCGUUCAUACAAAAACGAUUCAAAUUCAACUUGAAAAAGAAGGACACAGUUAUGGUUUUAUUCUACGAGGUGGCCUGUGUGAUGAUAAAUCGAAAACAAGACCUUUGAUUGUAACGAAAAUACGACCUGGAGGACCAGCAGAUAUUGAAGGAACAAUCAAAAUUGGCGAUCGUAUACUUGCCAUCAAUGGAAUAAGUGUUGCAUCAGCAACGUUACAAGAUGCACACAAUUUAAUGAAACAAUGUAGAGGAACAACAUUAUUUUUAAUUGAAUAUGAUGUUGCUGUUGUAGAUAGCGUUAAACAUGCCACUGGUCCAUUAUUGAUAGAAAUCGAAAAAUCACCAGGUUCAACAAUUGGAAUCAGUUUAACACAAAAAUGGAUUAGAGGACGAUCGAUUAUUAUCGUCGAUAAUGUUAAACCAGCCAGUAUUGCAGAUAGAUGUGGUGCAUUGAGAUGUGGAGAUCAAAUAAAUGCUAUUGAUCAAAAAUCAUUUGACAAUAUAGCACUGAAUGAUGCCAAUAAUGUCCUACGAUCAUGUACCGGAGAAUUUUGCCGUAUUGAAGUAACACCGUCCAGUUUUACAAGAUCACCAGAUCCAUCAUCACAUAGAGUAUCAAUAAAUGACAAUAGCACAUUUCAACGUGCUCCAUCUUUAAAUACUAUGGGCAAUUGGACCAUUCGAAAUAGUUUUCAAAAUAUUGCGAGAAAACCAACAAAAGCAAGACACAAUUCAAUAAUGUAUAACCACAUGAAAAGUAUAUGGCAUUUUCGAUUUGUUAAAGGUUCGUUGAAUUCUUGUUAUCAAUCUGUUAUUGGUAAUCAAGUAUGUCAUACGGAAACAAUGGAUGUCUCACUAAGGAUUGAUGACCAUGGUGGAUGCAAUUUUGGUUUUACUCUACAAGGAGCAUCGUUUACUUCGGAUGCAUUGAUGCAGCCACCAGUAAUCGGAUAUUUGGAACCGGGUGGAGUUGCUGAGAGAUCCGGUGUUCUACAACCAGGUGAUCGUGUUAUCGCUGUAAACGGUCAACAACUGGAAGGUUUAACAUUAGAAGAUGCAAGAACAGUUAUCAAAGAAACAAAUCAACAAAUUCAUUUAGAAAUUGAGUUUGAUGUCGCUGAUUCGGUUAUGUUAUCAUCUGGAACAUGUCAAGUAAAAAUUUUAAGAAAAAAUCUCGACCUUGGUUUAUCUGUAACUUAUCCUCGAUGUAGUCGUCCAGAUGAAGCACCAUUAAUUAGUGAUGUAAAAAAAGGCAGUAUAGCAUACAGAUGCGGAAUGAUACAGCCUGGCGAUCGUUUAUUAUCCAUUGAUCAUCAUACAUUACGCAAUAAAAGUUUAACAGAAAUCAUCCAUUUAUUAAAAAAUUGUGACGAAAUUGUGAGACUGAAGAUAAAAAAGGAUGAUAUAUAUUCGGAGGAUAAUCUUAACGAAAAUAUUGUUGUGUAUAAAGUACAAUUGCUGAGGCAAGGUGGACCACUUGGAUUAACUAUUUCGGGAAGUGAAGAUGUGUUUGAACCAAUUGUAGUAUCAGGAUUAUGUGAGGGUGGACUUGCUGAUAAGACAAAUGCCAUUCAUAUUGGUGAUCGUAUAUUGGCAAUUAAUGAUGUAACACUAAGAGGAAAAGGUCUUAAUGAAGCCAUUAAAUUAUUGCAAGCAAGUGGAGAUGAGAUAACUCUAAAAAUAUCGAGGUUGCUUGAUCAACAAACACAGAAAUUACGUAAUUUUCAUAAUGAAGAUUAUACGCCCUCUGUUGAUAGUGCAAUGGAAUCGUGGGAUAGUUCAAAUACUGAGCAUCGUUUGAGUGAUAACAGUGAUCAUAAAGAAAAUGACAAUAAUCAUAAUCACAAUCAUGUGAAUGGUAGUGAUAAUAUACUACCUCGAAAUGAUUUUAUUUUGAAACAUGGUCAUCAUUUAACUUUAUCUCGUCCAUCGGGAUAUCGUACACCACCUACAAAUGGUCGUCCAUUAGAAGCUAUUCGUCAUUCGGAUAGUGGUGACAGUAUUCAUGCAGCUGAACGAGAAUUAACUCGAGUACUCAAUGAUUUAGAAGUAUGUGCGGUUUCAUCCAGACAAACAAAGCAAAUAGAUAACAGCCAACGAUCUCAUAGUCAUCGUUCUACAACCAGUAAUCAUCAUCAUCAUUAUGAUAAUAAUGAUAGAAAAUAUGAUAAUUGUGAUGGAAAUGAUCAUAGUCCACCUUUCUGUAAUGGAUUUAUCAAUCAUAAUAGAAAUCGACCCUCUAUGACAACUAAUAAUGGUCAAAAUACAAAUGGUAACAGCACAGAUCUUGUAGUUAAUGCACUUGUACAUUCUACAGCAACUAGUAAUUCGUCAAACGAGAUUACAAAUAGAAAUACAAACAACAAUAACAGUAAUAGUAAUCAUCAUAAUCCAAAUAGUUAUAUUUUUCAACAUAUUAGACGCGAUGUAUUGGCAGUUAUUCUUAAACGUGAUAAACGCAUCCUAGAUUUUGGAUUUUCUAUAUCGGAUAGACUCUAUGGAACCGGAGUGUACGUUAAUAAAAUUCGACCAAAUGGACCUGCUGAACACGAAGGAACACUAAGACCAUGCAUGAGAAUAUACAAGGUAAAUUCAAUUGAUGUAACCCGCAUGGAAUGUAAUCAAGUUGUUCCACUACUCUCAAAUUCUAAUGAUGAAUUACAAUUGAUUGUUAGUCGUACACCAGCGCCAAUGUUUGAUGAAACAGAUGAACACGAUUUAUUAUCCGAUUUAGAGGAAGAAGAGACAACUACCACCACUACUACAGGAACCACCGUUUUACAGAACGAACAUUAUCAUCCGAAUGAAAAUAGUAACAAUAACAAUAAUAGUGAUAUAUCAUCAACGGAUUCAACAUGGAAAGAUGAUUUUGCUCUAUUAUCACAAUCGAAAACUAGUACAGUUUGA